AUGGAUUUUGGGUCGUUGGAGACUGUGGUGGCCAAUUCUGCCUUCAUUGCCGCCCGAGGCAGUUUGGAUGGGAGCAGUAGCCAACCUACCCGCGACAAGAAGUACUUUGCAAAGCUUAGGUUGCCUUCCCUCUCCAAAUGCGAGUCCAUCCGAGAGAGUCUCAACCUGGAGUUUGAAAGUGUGUGUUCAGAGCAGCCCAUCGGCAAGCGGCUCUUCCAGCAGUUCCUGAAGGCAGAGGAGAGACAUGUGCCCGCCCUGGAACUCUGGAAGGACCUUGAGGAUUACCGUACCACAGAUGCCGAUUUCCGGUUGCAGAAGGCCCAGGCCAUCCUGGCUGAGUACCUGAACCCCCAGGCCAAGCUCUUCUGCGGCUUUCUGGAUGAGGGGAUGAUGGCAAAUGUAAAAGAGGUACCUGCGGCUCUCCAGGAUGGAUCCUUCCAGGCCCUCCUGCAGGCCACUGUGGUGCACCUGAGUCAGGCCCCCUUCCAGGAAUACCUGGGAAGCCUCUACUUCCUGAGGUUCCUCCAGUGGAAGUGGCUGGAGGCCCAGCCCAUGGGGGAAGACUGGUUUCUGGACUUCAGGAUCCUGGGGAAAGGCGGCUUUGGGGAGGUAUCAGCUUGCCAGAUGAAGGCCACUGGCAAGAUGUAUGCCUGUAAAAAACUGAGUAAGAAGAGGCUGAAGAAGAGGAAGGGGUAUCAAGGUGCUAUGAUAGAGAAGAAGAUUCUAGCGAAAAUACACAGCAGGUUUAUUGUCUCUCUGGCCUAUGCGUUUGAAACCAAAACAGACAUCUGUCUGGUGAUGACCAUCAUGAAUGGAGGAGACAUAAGGUACCACAUCUAUAACGUUGACGAGGGGAACCCUGGCUUCCAGGAGCCCCGCGCCACCUUCUACGCGGCCCAGAUCCUCAGUGGGCUGGAACAUCUGCACCAGAGGAGGAUCAUCUACCGGGACCUCAAGCCUGAAAAUGUACUCUUGGACAACGAAGGCAAUAUCCGAAUCUCUGACCUUGGGCUGGCCGUGGAACUGAAGGACGGGCAGACCAAGACCAAAGGCUACGCAGGGACUCCGGGUUUCAUGGCCCCUGAGCUGUUACGGGGUGAAGAGUAUGAUUUUUCUGUGGACUACUUCGCCUUGGGGGUCACGUUGUAUGAGAUGAUUGCUGCCAGAGGACCUUUCCGAGCCCGAGGAGAGACGGUGGAGAACAAAGAGCUGAGACAGAGGGUCCUCUCAGAAGCUGUGAAGUACCCGGAGAAGUUCAGCAAGACCAGCAGGGACUUUUGUGAGGCGCUGCUUGAAAAGGAUCCAGAGAAGCGGCUGGGGUUCAGACACGGGACUUGUGACGAGCUCCGCACCAACCCGCUCUUUAGAGACAUCCGCUGGAGACAGCUUGAGGCUGGAAUGCUGAGCCCUCCUUUCAUCCCCGACUCCAGAACCGUCUAUGCAAAGAACAUUCAGGACGUAGGUGCCUUCUCCACAGUCAAAGGCGUGGUCUUUGACAAAACAGAUACAGAAUUCUUUGAGGAAUUUGCAUCCGGCAACUGUCCCAUCCCCUGGCAAGAGGAGAUGAUUGAAACAGGCAUUUUUGGGGAGCUGAACGUGUGGUGUUCUGACGGGAGUAUGCCAGCUGACAUGAAGGGGAUCACCGCGGAGAAGCCAGUACCCUCGUCUAGGUCAGGGAUGUGUCUGCUUUCCUAG